AUGCCCUCAGCAGCGGCCCUUCGCCAACGCGCUGCGGAAUCGGCUCUUCACGACCAAACAAACCUUCUUGGGACGAAACAACUCUUUAUUGUCUUCUCGGCCCUGGCCUCGGCACUCUUCAUCUGCUAUGCUGACCAAAACGGCAUCGGAACCAUCCUUCCGACGGUCGGGCGAGAUUUCAAGGCAACAGACACCAUCUCGUGGGCAGGGACAUCGUCCCUGAUCUCCAACACUUCUAGCCAGAUUAUAUACGCCCGCUUUUCAGACAUUUAUGGAAGGAAACCAGUGUUCCUUUUCUCGGUAGGUAUGUUGGUGUUGGCAGAUAUCUUGUGCGGAGUGGCCCCGGAUGCGUCGAGCUUCUACUUCUUCCGUGCACUCGGUGGUAUUGCAGGCGCUGGUAUCAAUUCCUUGACCAUGAUGAUCAUCUCUGAUAUCGUGACGCUGGAGCAGCGAGGGAGGUGGCAGGGCUUCUUGGGUGCUGGUAUCGGCGGUGGCAAUGCAGUAGGUCCGCUGAUUUCCGCUGCAUUUGCGCUGCAUCAGACAUGGCGAGCAUUCUUCUGGUUCCUCGCUCCUUGUGGUGCCAUUGCCGGUGCCAUUGGGUGGUUCUAUCUCCCCUCGACCAUGCCCAAGGGAAGUGCGAGGCAGCAAUUCAAGCUCAUUGACUGGGGAGGCAUCAUCACUGCUACCAUUGCUAUUGUGCUGAUCCUGAUCCCGCUUUCUGGCGGUGGCUCAUACUUUCAGUGGUCCUCGCCAAUGGUCGUUUCCAUGUUUGUCAUUGGUGGUCUGUCGUUCCUGGCCUUCCUUAUCAUCGAGUGGAAGGUCGCAAGUCUACCUAUGAUGCCACUGAGCAUGUAUACCAAUGCUCCAGUCGCGGCAAUCUUGACCCAGAACUUCUUUUUCGGAAUGGUGUACUACUCGAAUCUCUAUUAUAUUCCAUUAUAUCUUCAAAAUGUUCGAGGAUGGGAUACAACGAUCUCGGCUGCUUUCCUUGUCACCAUCAACGUCCCACAAUCUGUCGUCAGCACGCUCUCCGGCAUCUUCAUCUCUCGGUACCGGCGUUACGGGGUCGUGAUCUGGACGGGAUUCGUCAUUUGGACGCUUGGGGCUGGACUCAUCUGCAGCUUCACACGCACAACGCACCCUGCAGCUAUCGCCGUCAUGCUCUCGAUCUCUGGUAUUGGCGCUGGCUGCAUCUUCCAACCCGUACUGAUCGCCUUGCAAGCACACUGCUCAAAAGCGCAACGGGCGGCGGUCGUGUCUAAUCGAAAUUUCCUUCGAAGUUCGGGGGGUGCAGUCGGACUCUCAAUCUCGGCACAAGUCUUGCAAAGCUCUCUCCGGAAACACCUCCCACCUCAACUCGCCCGCUACGCGCAUGACACCUUCGCUCUCCCAAAUUUGAGCGGUGCUGACGAAGCUGUAGUCAGAAACGCGUACAUGGCAGCUAUUCGAACGGUCUUCAUUGUUUCUGCCCCAAUGAUUGGCUUCUGUCUAGCGCUCUGCGUGUUCAUCAAAGACCGGGGCCUGCAGCGACCAGAAGAGAAAGAGCAGGCGAGGAUAGCGGCAGCAGCAACGGCAUCGGUAGAUGAGAAGAUGCAGACGACGUCAGAGAAGGACGGGCUGCAGCAGAAGCAGCCGCCGACUGUUGAAGACUAUGCUGGGCAGACGGUUCCAAUAAACGGAGAGAACCGAACAGCAGAAAGCAAAAUAGAUGUGUCACCACCACCAUCAAAGCCGGUUAAUGAUGGAUAA